GAGAGAGAGAGAGAGAGAGCGAGAAGAGGAAGAGCUCAACACAGCCAGGCAGAGAAAGGAGAGUGCGCAGCUUUCAGCUUUUUUCCUCUAAUUCGGUGGUUUGCAGGAGAAGAAGCUGCAGCGCAGAUUCACAGGAGAUAUUUGGGAACAUGCAAGGUGCACGCUGAACCAGAAAAAAUAUGUUAACACUGCCAUUCGAGGAACCUCAUAAUCUGAUGAGUGAGCCGCGGUUCGGUGCCAAUUAUCCCCGUGAGAGCUGCUUACCUAGAGAGAGCCUGCAGGACAAGGAGCGACAGCAGCGACAGUCCAACUCCGACAUGAGGGACGCCGAGGACGACAUCUCCGACAGGGAGCUGGAGGAGGAGGAGGAGGAGGAGGAGAGGGAUCUGGAGGAUGACAGCGAGCUCCCUAAGAAGAGAGGCCCGCGGAAGAAGCGUGGCAAGGAGCAUGACCGGUCUAAGGUGCGUCGCCACGAGGCCAACGCCCGGGAGCGCAGCCGGAUGCACGGCCUCAACGACGCGCUGGAGAGCCUGCGCAAGGUGGUGCCGUGCUACUCCAAAACUCAAAAACUCUCCAAGAUUGAGACGCUCAGACUCGCUAAGAACUACAUCUGGGCUCUGUCGGAGACCUUGAGUGCUGGGAAGAGACCGGACCUGCUUGCAUUCGUGCAGACUUUGUGCAAAGGAUUAUCUCAGCCCACCACCAACUUGGUGGCCGGUUGUUUGCAGCUGAACGCGAGGAAUUUCCUCACGGAUCACAACGGAGAGGUGAUGUUCUCCGGCAGGUCGCCCUACGACGCCAUGUACCCGUCGUACCCGGGCUCAGACGUGCACACGCCUCCGGGACACAGCGCGAGCAGCUUGGACACGAGCAGCAAGCCGUUCAGACACUACAGCAGCUACGGUGGUAACUACGAGCCCUACUACGAGAACCCGUCUCCAGAGGGAGGCAGUCCGCAUUUCGACGGCCAGCUGAGCCCCCCGAUGAACUUUAACGGGAUUUUCUCCCUCAAACACGACGACCCGCCAGACUACGGUAAAGCAGGCGGACACUAUGGCAUGCGCUACUGCGGUGCGCCAGGGCGCGCGGCUCUCGCGCACAACUCCAUGUACCGCGUGGCCCCAGAGGGCCGGUUCCCAUACGACCUGCACGUCCGCAGCCAGGCCUUCCAAGCACAAGGGGAAGUUAAUGGCUCUUUCCACAAUUAAUCAAUUAAUCAAUCAAUCAAAGCUGGACAAAGUUCAAGUUUCGAUGCAAUUUUCUCCACACCUGCAGAUGUCUGAGAGUGGAACGACAUGGACUCCAGACACAGUUGAUGCACUGCAAAAAAAAAAAAUGCCCAUUUUUAACAAGUCGUUUUUGUGUUUGAAUAUUCAGUCUUGUUUUUUCUUUGGUCUCCAAAAUAUGAUGAUUUCACUUGUUCUCAAAUCUUGUGUCGACAUAAGGGGAAGUUAAUGGCUCUUUCCACAAUUAAUUAAUUAAUCAAUCAAGCUGGACAAAGUUCAAGUUUCGAUGCAAUUGUCUCCCCCUGCAGAUGGACUCCAGACACAGUUGAUGCACUGCAAAAAAAAAAAUGCCCAUUUUUAACAAUUCGUUUUUUUUUUUUUUGAAUCUUCAGUCUUGUUUUUCUUUUUCUUUUUUAAAACAUGGUCUCCAAAUAUGAUGAUUUCACUUGUGUCGACAUGAGGCAGAAAAAAGGUCAACAAUUUUUGCUUUGGAAAACAAAUAAGAUGAGUUCAGUCUGAUUCAUUUUAAAGAAGAUGUGAUGGCUCACAGCCACAUAUUUUGUUUCCAGUGGGAAAAAACACAAAUGUAGAAAUGGACUCCAGACACAGUUGAUGCACUGCAAACAAAAUGCCCAUUUUAAACAAGUCGUUUUUGUGUUUGAAUAUUCAGUCUUGUUUUUUUUUUUGUUUUUUUAAACAUGGUCUCCAAAUAUGAUGAUUUCACUUGUUCUCAAAUCGACCAUAAGACUUUGCUUUGCGAACAAAUGAGAUGAAUUCAGUCUGAUUCAUUUUAAAGAAGAUGUGAUGGCUCACUGCCACAUAUUUUGUUUCCAGUGGGAAAACCACAAAAUGUAGAAUAAUUCGUUAAAGAGGCAGGUUUUGAUCCAAUUGUUUACAGUGUAUGUGUCUCUUUCCACAAUUAAUUAAUCAAUCAAGCUGGACAAAGUUCAAGUUUCGAUGCAAUUUCCCACCCCUGUAGAUGUCGAAAUGGACUCCAGACACAGUUGAUGUACAGCUACUUAUAAUUGGAAAAGGAUGACAUUUUUUUUAGAAAGAAAACAUGAAAAUGUUGUAUCCCCAAAAUAAAUGUCUGUAAUUUGUUUCCAAUUAUACAGUGAACACAAACAGAAAAAAAUACAUGCCAGGAGGGGGAGAAAAAGAUAAAAAACAGAGAGGGAUGUUCUCAUGUUGGGUGCAUAUUGUUUUAGUUUGAAAUAAACAUGCAUCCACAGAGCACUUUGUUGGAUGCAACCAUGGGACUUGUAGUUUUUAGUUACUGAUGACUUCCACCUGUAUGUUUCUCUAUACGUUUUUUUGCUGGGUGACUGUUGAGGAUGGGAUUGUGCCUUUUUGAAAUGAUUUGUCGUUUUUUUGCAAUGCACUGCAAAAAAAUGCCCAUUUUUAACAAGUCGUUUUUUGUGUUGAAUAUUCAGUCUUGUUUUUUUUUUUUUUUUUUAAACAUGGUCUCCAAAAUAUGAUGAUUUCACUUGUUCUCAAAUCUUGUGUCGACAUAAGGCAGAAAAAGAAGUCAACAAUUUUUGCUUUGGAAACAAAUGACAUGAUUUCAGUCUGAUUCAUUUUAAAGAAGAUAUACACAUAUUUUGUUUCCAGUGGGAAAAAACACAAAAUGUAGAAUAAUUCGUUAAAGAGGCAGGUUUUGAUCAAAUUGUUUACAGUGUAUGUGUUUGUUAAUGGCUGUAUACUAAGAUGAUAUAGUGAACAAUUAAUUGAAUAUUUCUGCUUAUUUAUUUAAAUCAGGUUUCCCAGCAGUCAGUGAAAUGAUUUUUCGUGGAGAAAUAAAAAAAAAAUCAGCUAAAUGAAACAACAGGAGAAGAAGAAUCUAAAGACGUUUCACCUCAUCAGGGAAGUUUUGCUGAGACAUGAUUGGAAGUUCACAGAGAUUCAGUCGGUUAGCAAUAAAAGUCAAUUGAGCUAUGCAAGGCAGCCAAAUGCAAUCUUUGCUUAUACAAAAAUGCUAUAUGUCUAUUUCCUCUCACAAGUUGUUUCUCAUAAUCUAAUUAAAAUGAUGACAACUACACAAAAUUAAUUAUAUAUUAAAAAAAAGCCAGUUUGGAGAUGUGCACGUGUUUAGGAGACCUGAUGAUGAUGUCAUCUGAACUGGUCCUAUAAAUACAGGAAGUUGUGGGGAAAAAAAGUUAAAAACUAAAUGCAUUUGUAUUUUGGAGUAAAUAGUGUGGUAACGAGGUGAAUGUAAAUUAUUAUUGUAAUUUAUUUAUUUAUUUAAGCUUAUUUAUUAUAAGUCCGUCAAUUUGAAUGUGGAUAAUAUAUUAUUAAAACAAAUAUUGUAAAAUUCAAGUGUUUCUUUUUUUUUAUGUGAAUUCCCAUACAUUUAAAGUUUGUUUAUGUUGUUGUAUAUUUCACUGCAGCUGGAAGGGAAUUGGAUUUCUGUGUGAGGUAGAACAAAAUGUUUCAAAACUAUAUUGAAACUGAACAACAUGCCUUAAAAAAAAAGAGAUGAUGACCAUCAAUAUGCAACGAAAUGACAGUUUUGGAUCGUUUGAUGUGAACUUUUUACACUUCCUGUUCCUGCUGAAGAGCAACUGUGAUGCACUUCAUGUAUUUCUGCACAAUGUUGGUGACUGUACUCUCAUAAAUUCUGUUGAUUUUGUAACUUUACCCGAAUGAUGGAUGAUUAUUGGAUAAUAUUCUUCAUUUUUAUUUAUCUUUCUCUCUCUCUCUCUCACACACACACACACACACACACACACAUGCUCGCACACUCUCUCUCUCUCUCUCUUAUACACGCACGCGCACACUCCUGAAAACUCGUUAUGGAUCGAAAUAUUCGUGAAAUAAUGUGUUGAUGUUUUGUGAUGUGUUUGUCGCAAUAAAAUGAGGCUGUGAGAGGC